AUAAGAAUCGCUCAGGAUUUUUUGCAUAUAAGGGAAGAGAGAAACAGUGAGAAUCGUCAGUUCCCGAUUGGGAAAUGGUAUCCAGCUGGAAGGAGCUGGAGCUCUGGUAUCCGGAGCUUUGCGAGCCAAAGCUCUGGGAGUUGGUGCUCUGGGAUCUGGGUCCUGGAGCCAUUGGAACCGGAGUUUCCUGAACUGGAGCUAUUUGCGGAAUCGGAGCUGGCGGAGGUGGAAUCGGAGCUGGUGGAGGUGGAAUCGGAGGAUCGGAGCUGGUGGAGAUGGAAUCGGAGCUGGUGGAGAUGGAAUCGGAGCUGGUGGAGGUGGAAUCGGAGCUGGUGGAGAUGGAAUCGGAGCUGGUGGAGGUGGAAUCGGAGCUGGUGGAGGUGGAAUCGGAGCUGGUGGAGGUGGAAUCAGAGCUGGUGGAGAUGGAAUCGGAGCUGGUGGAGGUGGAAUCGGAGCUGGUGGAGGUUGAAUCGGAGAUGGUCAAGGUGGAAUCGGAGGAUCGGAGCUGGUGGAGAUGGAAUCGGAGCUGGUGGAGGUGGAGUCGGAGCUGGUAGAGGUGGAAUCGGAGAUGGUCAAGGUGGAAUCGGAGGAUCGGAGCUGGUGGAGGUGGAAUCGGAGCUGGUGGAGAUGGAAUCGGAGCUGGUGGAGGUGGAAUCGGAGCUGGUGGAGGUUGAAUCGGAGAUGGUCAAGGUGGAAUCGGAGGAUCGGAGCUGGUAG